AUGUCCAUCUUUUUUAUGUAGUGGUAUAUUCAAUUAAAUUGUACGAAUGAUUUUUCUUAUAUUUCUUUUAUCACUUUGUAUACAUGCUAGCUACUCUGUCAAUUGCAAAAAUGAAAAGAAUGAAGAUGUUGAUUGGUUUAUAAUCUACAAAAUACCGAAAUUAGAAUAUAGUGAGGAUGUCAUAUUAAAAGAAGGUCAUGGAUAUGUGUACUUAGAUAACACUAACACUCAAUGGUUAUACCCACAGAAAGACAUCAAAGAAUCAAACAAUGCUCUUGCUUUUACCAUGACACAAUUGUAUGAAAAUACUAAUGACAAGGAUUUUAUGCGCAUGAGCUACAACGACGCAAGUCCCGAUGGACAAGAGCAUUUUGAUUUCGGCCACACUAAAGGCGUUUUGAUGUCCAACGUAACCAAUGGUGUCUGGCUAGUCCAUAGCUUGCCCAGAUUCCCAAUCUCCGUUCAGGAAUCUUCCCAUUAUUUUUAUCCGCCAAACGGAGCUUGGAAUGGGCAGAUUUUUCUUUGCAUUUCCAUAGACCAUGCUCAACUGUUAAAUAUAAGUCAAUUGAUAUAUUACGACACCCCUUACAUCCACGACAAAUACAUUCCGGAAAGUUUUAUGGAUGAAAACUCGUAUUUUAGAUGGUUAAACCAAAACGAGGACGUCGUUUCUAACAAAAGCGCCCCUUGGACUCUCAACAAUCUUUUUACCUCUUUGUGGACUAAAACUGUCUUCACCGGUUUCGCCAAAUAUAAGAGAUUCAAUGCCGAUAUCUACACGAACAUCCUGGCACCUUUUUACGAUGCUGAUCUGCUGACCGAAACGUGGCAAGUUGACAAAAGACAUAUCCUCAAUUCAUCCUGCAUCAAAAUUCCUAGGGUUGAAAACAUUAAAGGCAUAUCUUUCAGCCAUUCCCAUCUAGAUAUGAACUCUCGGCACCCUUACAAUCUCCCGUCAAAUCUAGAUGCAAUUCACUUUUCGGAAUUGAUUGAUCAUUCCAAAUGGACAAUCACCGCAAGUUCUGGAUCAGUUGUUUGCGUGGGAGAUUUAAACCGAGAAAUUACUCAAGCAAAAAGAUCUGGAGGAAUGGUCUGCAUCGAUAAUCCUAAUUUAUGGGAAUCUUUUAAGCAAAUCAUCAGUGAUAUUGAAGCAUGUCCUUUACCUUUAGAUGAUAUAAUCGUUAACAAUUCCGUUUAAAGAGAAUACCCCAUUUUUCCAAAAUGCCAUUUUUAAAAUAAUGCAAAAGACUAUUUAUUAUAUUUUUAAAUUAUAGUAUUUAAUAUUUAUAAUAAUAUUUUUAAAUUAUAGUAUUUAAUAUUUAUAAUAAUAUUUUUGAAAUGACUUAAUUCAAUCUGUGAUUUUUAAAAAAAUUAUCUUAAAUUUAUAAUUAAAAAUAUAUCUUUUAUUUUACAUAUUUAUUGUAUUUUUCUAAAUUUGAAGCAUUAUUAUUAAAAUUCACCAUUUUAUACACUUUUUUAAAAUUAUUUUUGAAUUAAUUUAUUUGUAUAUGCUGUAAUUUGGAAUG